CGGGGUGCAGAGCUCCCCGGCGGCGGCGGGCGGGGCCGACUCCCCGACCUCGGGCGGGCGGAGCGCGCGCGCGGCGGCGCCCAGUUCCCCAUCGCCGCGCUCCGCGGAGAGCUGGACAUGUCCGGGGCCGGGGGCCGAGGCGCAGCGCCGGCGACAUGGCUGGGCGCCGGGCUCUUGGGCCUCUUCCUGCUCCUCCCCGCGUCCCUGUCGCUGGAGGUGUCCGUGGGGAAGGCCACCACCAUCUACGCGGUCAACGACUCCGGGGUGCUGCUGCCCUGCACCUUCUCCAGCUGCUUCGGCUUCGAGGACCUGCACUUCUGGUGGACUUACAACCACAGUGACACCUACAAGAUCCUCAUCGAUGGCAUCGUGAAGAACGAGAAGUCUGACCCCAGGGUGAGGUUCAAGGACGAUGCUCGUCUCCUUCUGGUGGGCAGCACCAAGAACAAGAUGAACAACAUUUCCAUUCAGCUGAGUAACCUGGAAUUCAGCGACACAGGCAAAUACACCUGCCACGUGAAGAACCCCAAGGAGAAGAACCUGGAACACAGCGCCACCAUCUUCCUCCAAGUCGUGGACAAACUGGAGGUCGUGGAUAACACGGUGACACUCAUCAUCCUGGCCGUGGUGGGCGGAGUCAUCGGCCUCCUCAUCUUCAUCCUGCUGUUGAAGAAGCUCAUCACCUUCAUCAUCAAGAAGACGCAGGAGAAGAAGAAGGAGUGCCUGGUGAGCUCUUCUGGGAACGACAACACCGAGAACGGCUUGCCCGGCUCCAAGGCGGAGGAGAAGCCACCUACCAAAGUGUGAGGCCCUGCCCGGGCCGGUGGCGCGGGGAGCCCCGCUUUCUGACGGCCACAUCGACGCUUGAGCCCCGACAGUAGAACCCACGUGCCUGAGCUCUCUGCUGCUUGGCUCAAACUGUAGUCUCUCUGGGCAGGAAGGGAGGGGCUCCUUUCCCCGCCCCAGCUUUCCAGGGACAGGGCUGGCCAGUGGAAGGGAGAAAGGGAAGGGGGGGGGCUUGUGGUGUGAAGGGGCUGGUCCCCAACACCUAGGAAGACGGAGUCUCCUACCUGAGUGACCAGGCCGUCGGCUUUCCUCCUGAUGGACGUUUUUCGCCACCCAUUGGGACCUGGGCGGGUCAGCGAGGCACCGCGCACAGGCUGGAGCUUGCAGAUGGGUUGAAGGAAGAGCCCCGCGUGGAGAGCAAACCCUUCUGAUGGUGGAAGCCAGCCGGAGGACCCUGGAGCAGGGCUGGAAGGGUGUGGGGUCACCUCAGAAGCCAACUGGGCUUUUCGAGACACCUGGUCUUUCCAGCCUCCCCCCCCCCCCCCAUGGGGAACUUCCCUUCCCUCCCGUGGUGGGGGGGGGUGUCGGCCUUGUCCUGGCCUCCCGCCCCACGCCCUGCUCUGAGUUGCUAACCCUGCUGCUGGCGUCCGGAAGGAACUCAGCUCGCCCUGUCUUGCCCUCUGCCCUUGGGGUUGCUCAGGGGUUCGGGGAGGAGGCCAUUGGGGUGUGGACCCCAGCCCUCCAAUGCCGGCAGACCUCCCCCCCCCCGGCAUUGGAGGACCACGGCCACCCAGGCGCUCCUGGGCCCAGCUCACCCUGGAAACGGCAGGGGUGUCACCUUGCCCCAAGGGCGACCCCCCCCCCCCCAGCCUCCUGUCCAUCCAGCGUCGUCCCUCGGGCCCCGGGGCCUCCAUUCCACAGCCCUGGGUUCAUCUGCGCCUCAGGGACUCUCUUCUUACGACGAAGGAGCCCCCGGGUUUCCCGGCUGCUUCCCGCUCAGCUGGGCCUCCUGUGCUCCCAGCCCGGGGCUGAGGAAGGGCAGGGGGAGGCUGGAUCCGCUUUCCUUCCGCUUUCUACACCGCUGGUUUGCACACCCCUUGAUCGUGGGGCUGGACCGUGCCUUAGCUCCCCGAGUCCUGGCUUUUCCCCUCGCCUUCUCCUUCACCCCCCAGCCCAGCCCUGACCUAACUGUACAGUUCCGCGUCCCCCGCAUGGCGGAGGAGGCUGGAGGCGCGUGGGCAGUGCCCGGUGGCUGGCCACUGGGGCCUGGAGACACCCGUGGAGGUGCUCCUCAGAACCCUGGUGGGUCUUCCGAUGGGUCUGCCUGCAGGGCCCCAGUGAGGGGGACCCAGGAGGGGUGCGGAUGGGCCCCCCCUUUGCUUCCUCCCCUCCUCCUCUCCCCUGUGUCCUCCAGGUCCUAGGGGAAUCUAUAAAGCAGCAGCUUUUUUUCUAGAAGGUGAGGACCGCCUCAGGCUCUGCCACAGGCUCCCCGUGGUGAAAUGGGGGGGGGGAGCAGCACCCACAGGGGGCCUGUGGGCGUGGCCAGCAUCCCCCCUCCCCCCAAGUCGAGUCCCCUCUGCUCCACCUCCUCCGCCCACAGACCCUGGUGGGCUCAGGUUCAGAUCUCCCGGGUCUUGGAAGCAGCCAGACCAGAGCCGUGAGCCAUUCAGGAAACUUCCAGCUGCCUUCAUGCUCGGCCCCGCUGUCUUCUCUUUCUCCCCCUGCGGGAGGGAGGGGCGGGGGCUUCGGGGCUCCCUGUGUCUCCCCAUCCUGCAGCCCCCCUCCCAGUCUUCUCCACCUGUGCGAUGGGCGUCGUAACUUACCUACCUCACAGGUCUGCGGUGAGGCGUGGCGAGUUUGGGUCUUCACAUCGCGUUCUGGCUUGGGAAAGGCCUCUGGGAAGCAGGUUUUAUACGUGGAGGGAUUGUUCCAAGUCUGUCUGGCCCUCAUCCCGUGAACACAGUCCCCCUCUCGGUCCCUUCCUCUGUCCCCCCCCUCCUCCCCUUUGCCGCUCUUCUGUCUUUGUCGUCUUCGCAACACCAACUCCGGUGGACGCUGCGGGUGUCUCGCCCGUGGCUUCUUCGUGGGGUGGUUUUCAGCAGAGGGGAUUGGCCCUGAGGGUGGGGAAGGGACGGUUCCGGUCGUGCCGGUGUCUGGGGCUCUCCUGGCACUGGGUGGGUGGCACUAAGCCUGUGAGGUGUCAUCUUUGCAACACAGAAGGUCAUGUCGCGGAGCCGGCCCUGUGCCCCCGGAGAAUCAUCGUCUCGGGUGUGCAAUCGUGUCUGAAGAGGUAAAGCUGCUUUCCCAAGCAGAGCCCCCCCCCCCGGGCGUGGCAGUCCCCAUGGGUGGUCCCCAGGACCGGUGGGCUGACCCGGAGGAGAACCGGGCAUGCGUGCUGACAGUGAUGUCCAUGAGAGGCAGUUCCGGCUCUGAGCUCCUGGCCCUUGAGCUCGGCACACGACAUCCUUCCUGGAGCCCCCCCCCCCCCCCUCCCCGUGUGUGGGGUUGAACAGAGAGCAGCCAGGACGAAAUUGCGAGGCCGAGAGAGGAGGGAGGGGGCGCUGCACAGGCCGGGAGCCAUCUUCCCCAGCUCGAGUUGGAAACUGAGGAAGCGUAAGAGGUGGGCCCAGCUGCGCCCCUAGAUUCCAUCUGUCUGCACCCCCAUCUUGUCUGUGGUGAGGCAGCGGCCGGCGGAGGGGUGGGGGGAAUGGGGUUCUGGCUGCACUCUGACCCUCCCACCUCCGCGGGAUCCGCAGUGCUGCUGACUAGCUUAUGCAUGGUUUACUCCUCUGGCUUGGAGAACAAUACUCAUAGUCAACUUUCCUAUAGAACUAUAGAUCUAAGGACACAGUGACAGGCCCGGGGCGGGGGCUCUGGGAGGCGCAGGUAUGCAGCCCCCCCACCCCCCGUCCCCCCAGCACCGACUCCCGGUUCAAGCACAGAAUGAAUCUGAUCAGACUGUUCUGCUUCUACAAGCGAUGUGCAUUGUAGAACUGUACUUAGCUUUGCUUUGGAUGAAAUAAAGACUAUUUUGAAUACGU